ACCCUGGCUGCAUAACAUACUCCACACACUCAGUGCCUUGCCUCUGAAUGUUUAAGUAGGCUACAGUGGAGAUGAAACACGCCUUCAGCUGCGACCCUCCAAUCAAAGGGAGCGUUAAGAUGCGCUCGCGUCAAAGGAGUGCAGCACAAGGAGAGUAAUUCCCCCGGGAGAGUCACCGCGAGAAAGACAGAAACAAAGAUCACUCAGCACGAGCGCUGUAUUUUUAUUUAUUGUAAUGUAUUCUGUUUGAUUUUAUUCUGGUUUUUUUUCCACGCUCUUUUUUUUCGCGCGCGAGCGUUGACGCGCUGAGGUAGCGGCUGUCAGACAUGGAUCCGGAGACACUCGGCUCUUUUCGGUGGCGUUCACUUUCACGGUGCUUUAAAGUUAAACCAGUAACUUCUUGAACACAAUGGCGUCCUUCAGUCUCCCUUCAGAGGGAUGGCAAGUUCUCGCGCACCUCCGCCGGACCCUUGGAGACUCGCGCGCAAACUUGUAGCCAUGCUGUGGUUCGGUGUGGCGUGCGCUUUCCUCCUCUACUUUCUGCGAUGCUGCGAAUCUGAAGUGACGGAAAGUUUCAGCUUAAGCCGCGACGAGGCGCCGCUCGGAACGGGACGCUACGGUGAGAGGAACGGGACGGUUAGUGUCGGAGCAGACGGGAGGAAGAGGAGGAAGAGGAACGCGGGAGACGGCGCGGAUGCGGAGGGCUCGAUGAAGGAGAAGGACUGGAGGGGCGCGCGCAGGCUGCCGCACGCGCUCAUCAUCGGCGUGAAGAAAGGCGGCACGCGCGCGCUGCUCGAGUUCCUGAGGCUUCACCCGGACAUCCGCGCGCUCGGAGCCGAGCCGCACUUCUUCGACCGGCACUACGCACGCGGCCUCACCUGGUACAGAAGCAUGAUGCCCAAAGCGCUGGACGGUCAGAUUGUGAUGGAGAAAACGCCACGAUACUUUGUGACAGCCGAGACACCAGCUCGCGUCCACGCCAUGUCAAGAGAUGUGAAGUUGAUCGUGGUGGUGCGUGACCCCGUGACCCGCGCCAUCUCCGACUACACUCAGAUCGCCUCCAAGACGCCGGGCAUCGCCAGCUUUGAAAGCCUGGCUUUUAAGAACAGAUCAUCAGGUCAGGUGGACUCUCUGUGGAGCCCGCUCUACAUUGGCUUGUAUGCCCAGCACCUGGAGCGCUGGCUCGCUUAUUUCCCACUCUCUCAAAUCCACUUUGUCAACGGCGAGCGGCUCGUCAGUGACCCGGCUUUCGAGCUGGGCCGUGUGCAGGACUUCCUGGGUCUGGAGCGUAUUAUCACAGACAAGCAUUUCUACUUCAACAAGACUAAGGGCUUCCCCUGUUUGAAGAAGGCAGAGGGCAGUGCUGAGCCACACUGCUUGGGCAAAACCAAAGGCAGGACACACGUGCAUGUUGAACCUGAGGUCAUUCACAACCUCAGGGAUUUUUACCACCCACACAAUCUGCAGUUCUACCAAAUGACUGGAAUGGAUUUUGGGUGGAAGUGAUGUUUUUUCCCUCAAUCCAGGCACUCAGCCUCACUCAUGCAACGUAGCCUAGGAAACUGUGGAGGGUAUAUUUGCUUUUCUGAGUAAAUAUUUGAUGCAGUUAGUGCUCACAUUGGUAACAGAAACUCUGGGUGAGUUAUGAGUCAUGCAAUCUGAUCAAGGGUAAAAGAUUGCGCAAUCAAAUUUGCAUUUGGUGAUGUUUUUCUUAAGGCAUCAGAUGUCAGGUUUCAGGAUGACAGCAAAAAAGAAAGCUGAGUAUGAAUACUUUCAGACCACAGUGGAAAGUGUAGAAGUGUUCAAACACCAGCCAUAAACAAUAGAGUGGACAUCAUUUGUAAAAUACUGUAAAAGAAGAUGGACUGUAGGAUGGCGUGACAUUCAAAAUGAGGGUUUAUGUGACUCUCAUUGGCACCAUCAAGUGUUAAGACUUUCCAGAGAAACUGGAGCUGUGUAAAAAAAAAAAAAAAAAAAGGGCUGGUCCACUGGCUAGUUGAAGCUUUUUCAUCAAAUGAGCCAAAUAGCCAUUUUUAUAUUAUUAUUAUAUUGCAGAUUUGUGAUAUGGACUAUCAUUAAGAACAGGGAAGUGAGAGAAAUCAUACUUUCAACAUUCUUUGCUAUUUGAAAGUGUUUACAUUGUUAAGACAACAAUUGUAAGUAACUUGACAUUGUGUUCAUAGAUGGAGCUAAUAGAAAGCAUCAUACAUUAUACAUGCAUACAUUACACAUGCGUUCAUACAUUAUGCAUAAAUCAAUAAGUAACAUCAUUCCCUCUGAAAUAUGUGAAUAUCAAAAGAAGUGGCUGGGACAUGCUGAUCUAUUCUUGCAUAAUGCACUCUCUGUGCAGCCUAAAUUCACACACAGUACUAGUUUUUAACUACUAGUGAUUGAUGAUACGGUACACACUCGCAAAGCUGACCUGUGUGUUGCUUGCAUGAAUUUGCACUAAUUUUAAGGAAGCCUGUUAAAUUAUUUUCAAAU